AUGAUCGCAUCGCUCUCAUCGUCGCCACCCACGUCCAUGCCUUACUCAACUUCCCCCGACUCUCACAUUUACAACACCGACAACAUGGUUCGAUCAUCUUCAGCAGAGCCCGCAAAGAGCUCCAAGCGAAAGGGCACCCGAAGCGUUUCCACACUCACACCAUCACAACUUGCGCGCAAGAGAGCCAACGACCGAGAGGCUCAGCGAGCUAUCAGGGCGCGAACCAAGGAGCACAUUGAUCGUCUGGAGCGCGAAUUGGAGGAACUCAAGAGCAAGCAGAGCCGUGAUCAGACCGUCCAAGAGCUUCUUAGACGGAACCAGGCGCUUGAGGAGGAGCUUAUGCGACUUAAGGAGAACAUGGGCGUCUCAAUGACCUCAUCACCUUACUCUGCACCUGGUACGACUCUCUCAGUCACGAUACCUUGCUCGGUUCCCUCACCAACCUCCAACGGCAUACUGACGGCUCCCUCAGUAUACGAUGAUAACCUUAGCUCCGGCAGCGGUGCAGUCCCCAGCCCUCGCGGCUCCCCCUUCCCUUCUGGCGACUACAGCCCCAUCCCCGACUACGGACAUCAAUAUGUCCCCCUCCCUACCAACUGCGAGUCAUGGGCCAACACUGUUUCCUGCCCUGUCCCCUCCAACGUCUCAAGCCCCUCAUCAUCUGCCGACGACUACAGCGCCGGCUACAUCCCCACGAGCGUGCCUACUUCGUUGUUGCCCUCAAACAACACCAGCUCAUCGAGCAUCGGCGCCAUUGGCCACAGCCACAAGGACGUGAUCAAGAUGGAGUAUGAGGAUGUUGACUCACACGUGUCUAGACGCCGGAUACCGCCUCAGCAACCCUUCAAUGCAGCCCGUUUCCCCCCACACUUACAUGGCUCAGCAGCAGCAGCCCGCCUGGAACAUGUAUCCCGUCUACUACCCCCAGGCUCAGUCCUCGGUUCACUGAAGGACCAAAAUCAGCCGGGUGCCUGCUGGCCGGUACCCGUCCUGACCACCCCGCCGGCCUGCCGCUUCGAUCAGCUUUUGGUCGGUUUCCUCCAAGACUGCCGUCGUAUGGCCACUGCAGAGUCACUCGCCCAUACACUGGGUCCGACUCGAAUAGACGUGCGGUCCGUAUUUCGCAGUCACGACAGCCAGCUUGCCUGCUCGCCUCAUCCGAUCACGGAUUUGAUCCGGAGUCUCAUAGACACGGCAGGCAUGACGCGGCUCAUGGAGCGCAUUGCAAUCUUUGCGCCCCUUCAAACAAUGAUAUGUUGGCUUGCACAACCUACGCCAGAGAGACGUGCGCGACUGUGCGAUGACUACGCACCGCGUGAGUGCCAACUGACAACUCCUCACCCCCAAUGGCUUGACCUAGUCCAUUGGGGCUCUCUGCGCGAAGCUACUAUAGAGCGGCAGGAUCUCUACGCUACAGAAGAGUUUCAGAGGAUCUACUUCGACUCCCUGCGCCUUGUCAACUGGUCUUACCAGCCGCUAGAGAGUCUAGUCACGGAUUCCCAGACGGGCCAUGUUGGUCUCACAGACGCUCUUACGGCCCAUGCCAUGAACGGGUCCAAUUGGCGUCUCAACGAGACGUUUACGCAGCGGUACCCUGAGCUUUCUGGCCUAGUGGCCUUGGAGCAUAGCCAUCCUUGA